UCAACUAACUUAAUGUCUUUGGGGAAUGUAGAACAAAAGGAUUUUUUGAAGUCUUUCGAUUAUUUUAUUUGUGAUUGCGAUGGUGUGUUAUGGCAUGGUAGAAAACCUGUUCCUGGAGCUCAAGAAGUUUUGAAAAAUCUUGUUUCCAUGGGGAAAAAAAAAUUUUAUUUUACCAACAACAGCGCGUUGACGAGAAAGCAAUUUGUAGAUAAAUUUAAUAGCCUAGGAUUUGAUGCCAAAGAGGAAGAAAUUCUUUCAACUGCCUGGCUUACUGCAAAAUAUUUGAAAAAUAUUAAUUUCAACAAGAAAGUAUAUGUUGUUGGUGGAACCUCUAUCAAAGAAGAGUUGGAUAAAUUUGAAAUUGAAAACUUCGGUGCUGGUCCUGAUAAUUAUGAAGCUAGAGGUUCUUCUAAUUUCACUUUAGAGAGUAGCGACAUCGAGUUAGUUCCUGAUGUUGGAGCUGUUGUGGUAGGCUAUGAUCUCUUCUUCAGCUAUCCAAAGGUUGCAAAGGCUAACUGUUACUUGAAUGACCCCGAAUGCUUGUUUCUUGCUACAAACAAAGAUGGAAAAAUUCAUUUUGGAGCAGGUAUUACAGUUCCAGGUUCUGGAGCAUUGGUAGCGGCAGUGGAAGUAUGCUCUGAUAGGAAAGCAGAGGUAAUUGGCAAGCCAUCUCCAUUUGCCAUAGAUCAUGUCCUCAUUCCAAGUGGCAUAGAUCCAAAGCGUUGUCUUAUGAUAGGUGACAGAUGUAGCACUGACAUUCACUUUGGGAACCAAAGAGGCAUGAUUACAUUACUAGUUGAAACAGGAGUUCACAGAUAUAGUGAUUUGGAGAAAUUCAAAUCUUCUGGAAUGGACCAUUUAAUUCCAUCUUAUUAUACUUCUUCAGUGGCGGACAUUUCGAAAAUAAUGAGGCUACCAUAAAACUUGUCACUAAUUAUCCAUAUUAAUUUCAUUUGUUUGUAUAAAUUAUUUAAGAUAUGAUUUAAAAAGAACAUUGGAAUAAUAAGUUAGAAUAUUAGUAUUAGUACCAAUACGGUUAACAUUGAUCAAAUAUGGUUAAAACAUGAAUAC